AUCAAGGCAAAUCCGGGUUCAUGAUCAUUGGCCACUGAACCAAACGUACCAUCAAGGCUCAAGCCCAAUCCGGGUUUAUCUUAACCAGGCCAAUUCUAGCGGGUAUAAUCCGAACAGGAAACCCAUAUCCUUCUCGGAUUUUCUCUUCUUGUUCUUUUCUUCGAGCAGAAGAAAGAUAACAGAGGUUUUAGGAGUCGGAUAUAAACAAGGUUUUCGUAUUAGCACUCUCUCUCUCUCUCAGCCAUGGCCGCUUUGCAGUACCUCGAGUCUCUGCGUAACGCGCACCCGGAGCUUGCCGAAUGGUACAACACGCUUGCAGAUCUAUACCAGAGAAAGCUCUGGCACCAACUCACUCUCAAGCUCGAGCAAUUCGUAGCCCUCGCCGUGUUUCAGGCUGGAGAUGCCCUCAUACAGUUAUAUCAUAAUUUCAUUACCGACUUUGAGACUAAGAUCAAUCUUCUCAAACUUGCACAUUUUGCCGUCAUAGUCUCACGUCAGUAUUCAGAGAAAGAAGCUGCCGUUAAUUAUCUUGAAGGUGUGAUUGAAAAGCUUCGAGCUACAAGGGAGCUACGUAUAGAGGAACCUGGUCUAUACAUAAAGAUGCAAAUAGCUAUUUUUCAGCUUGAGAAGGGGGAUCAGAAAGAGUGCAAGAAACUUCUGGAGGAUGGGAAGAGUACGCUUGAAAGCAUGACCGACAUUGAUCCAUCUGUUUAUGCAAUCUAUUUCUGGGUUUCAUCUCAAUUUCAUAAAUCUCGUCAGGAAUUUGCCGAGUUCUACAAAAGUGCUCUUCUUUAUCUGGCAUACACAUCAGUGGAAUCUCUGUCAGAUACAUUUAAGUUGGACUUGGCAUUUGACUUAUCCCUUUCUGCAUUGCUGGGAGAUAACAUCUACAACUUUGGAGAACUCCUGGCACAUCCAAUUAUAAAGUCUCUUCUUGGGACGAAGGUCGAGUGGCUUUACUAUAUUCUCCAGGCGUUUAAUUCUGGUGAUUUAGUUCGUUAUCAAGAAUUAUGCCGUGUGCAUAAUGCUGCUCUGAGUGCUCAGCCAGCAUUAGUACAAAAUGAGAAGAAGCUCUUGGAAAAAAUAAACAUUCUCUGCUUGAUGGAAAUCAUCUUUAGCCGUCCAUCAGAAGAUCGAACCAUUCCAUUGAAGAUCAUUGCAGAGCGCACUAAACUGUCUAUAGAGGAUGUGGAGUAUCUUCUCAUGAAGAGCCUAUCUGUUCACCUUAUUGAGGGAAUAAUUGAUCAAGUUGAGGGAACAGUCCAUGUUUCCUGGGUGCAACCCAGAGUUCUUGGGGUUCCUCAGAUUGAAUCAUUGCGUGAUCGGCUGGACAAUUGGAUGGACAAAGUACACACAGCUUUGCUGUCUGUUGAGGCAGAAACACCUGACCUAGUUGCAUCAUGAUCUUUGUUUGUUGACUUUUUUUUUGGGGGGGAGGGGUUAUUUAUUACAAUCUCGUCCCACUUCAUGAGAGAGAGAGAGAGGGCAAAGAAGUGGAGAAGAGCAACCAUGUAAUUUGUAGUUCGUGUUUCUUUUUUCUUAUUAUUGCUUUAAAUUCCUUUCUUGAAUCACCCUUGGGAAGAAUCUUAAGCUACUUCUUGUACUUUACUUUAAUAGCUGUUUGAAUUACAGUAACAUUGCUUAGUGACACGAUUGAGUCUGGAAA